UGGGUAAGCUGGCAACGCUUUGACUUAAUAUUGCUCGUCAUCCCGCAGCAGAGCAGGCGAUUUUAUUAAAAGGAUUCCCAAAUUGUUUAUAUUUUCACAUUAUAUAUCCACUCUCGAGAAGCGCCCGUAUCAUGUUUGGCAGACAGAGUGGUUUGGGCAGUUCCAACAGCUCCAAUCUUGUGGAGUUUCGUGCUGGCCGCAUGAAUAUGGUUGGUAAAAUGGUGCAUCCGGAUGCGCGCAAGGGUCUCGUCUACAUGACCCAAAGCGACGAUGGACUGAUGCAUUUCUGCUGGAAGGAUCGCACCAGCGGCAAGGUGGAAGAUGAUCUCAUUGUCUUUCCCGAUGACUUUGAGUACAAGCGUGUGGAUCAGUGUAAAUCUGGUCGCGUCUAUGUGCUGAAAUUCAAGUCGAGUUCGCGUCGCAUGUUCUUCUGGAUGCAGGAGCCCAAGACGGACAAGGACGACGAGCACUGCAGACGCAUCAACGAGCUACUCAACAAUCCACCCUCGGCACAUCAGCGCGGCGGCGGAGGCAGCGGCAGCGAAGGCACCGAUCUCCAAUACAUGCUCAACAACAUGUCGCAGCAGCAGCUGAUGCAGCUCUUCGGCGGAGUGGGUCAGAUGGGCGGAUUAAGCUCUCUGCUGGGCCAAAUGAAUACGCGCACGCCUUCAUCGCGGAACACUGCAUCCUCGGGUGGCGGCAGCGGGGGCGGAGGGUCGGGCAGCGGCGCUCUACAAACGCCCGAAAAUGUGAGCGUGCAACGCACACCGUCCGCACCAACCAAGGGCUCCAAGUCCGGGAGCAGCCGCAACAAUCUGCUGAGCGAAUCCUCUGCUGGCGGUGGCAGCUCAAGCGCUGAUGCCGACGCCGAUGCCUCCGGUAAGAACAAAGAAACCACAACAACACCAACAAAUACAAAAACAACAACAAGUGGAGCAUAUGCAAAUCCAUUCCAAGCCUAUUUAUCCAAUCUCUCCCCUGAACAUGGCGCAGGUCGUUCACUAACUAUCGACCUGUCCACGGCACUGUCCGGCGCCGAUGCCAUCAAUCAACUAAUUGCGGAUCCGGAGCGUGUCAAGUCGUUAAUUGUUCACCUGCCGGAGUCUGAGGAUGCCGAUGAGGAUCGCAAGCAACAGAUCAAGGAUCACAUCAGUUCGCCACAAUUUCAACAGGCCCUCGCUCAGUUCUCCAAUGCCCUGCAAUCGGCCCAACUUGGACCCGUCGUUAAGCAAUUUGAAUUAUCCCAUGAUGCAGUCGCUGCCGCCUACUCCGGCAAUCUGGAAGAAUUUGUGCGUGCCCUUGAGAAGAGUCUGCCAGUCGGUGCCUCAAUGGCGGCCGAGGAGGCUUCCAAGGAGACUCCCGUGGCCGAUAAGAAAGGCGAUGCUGAACCAGCCAAGGAUAAGGAUGAGAGCGCCGCAUCCACUGAGAAACAAGAAGAGAAGCAAAAAUAACGCACAUAGAUUUAUGUUUCCCAUCUCUACAUACAGAUAUAUGCUCCCCUUAUAACCAAUAUAACAAAUGCCACGCGUUAUAAACCAUCAUUUUUGCACAUUAUCAGUUUUUCGAUUCUAAAAUAAAUUUGGCAAUGCAA